AUGCAGGUGAAUGGCUCGGGCAGGACACAUGGCUCAUGGCGGCGGCGUCUCUCCUCGGGAGGAGCUCGGGCGUUGAGGUCGAGGUGUGCGCUGCCCCUAGGACGGAGUCCACCGACCUGUGCUGGUCAUGGUCCACCACCACCAUGCCUUCAAUCCGACCUCCACCACUCCAGCAAGCAGGAGCAUCGCAAUUGCUGCGGUUUGUAUGCUAAGAUGAACUUGAGUGACGAGGUUGAUUUGGAAGAUCAUGUCUCCAGAUAG